AUGGAUGCUGUCCUUAAUAAUUUUAUGGAAAAUGCUUUUGAAAAUGAGUUGCAUGAAGUAUAUGACCGUACAGGACUAAAAGGACUAAACGAGUAUAUAACAAAUGAGCUGAAUAGAUGGAAACAUGAAAGGAUAACAAUGGCCAUCACUGGAAACAGUGGCGCUGGUAAAUCUAGCCUGAUCAAUGCUUUGCGAGGUAUAGAGAGUAAUGACGACAAUGCAGCAGAAGAAGGAGUUACUGAAACAACCAAAGAAAUAAAACCUUAUUCCUUCCCUCUAAAUGAACAGAUACGCCUGUAUGACCUUCCUGGAGCCGGAACGAAGUCACACCCAAUUGAAUCAUAUGCACGUGAUAUGGAUUUCAAACAGAAAACACAAACAAGAGAUGCAGUCCUAGACAAGAUUCGCAAAGAUUGCCUAUCAAAUCUAGAUGAGCUUAAUGUAAAAGGCAAUGAUGUAUUUCUUGUUAGCAGUCACGUUCAUGAAGAUUUCGAACUUGGAAAACUGCAGAUGAAUAUUGCCAACAAUGCAUCCGAAGCACUCAAAACUUCGUUAAUCUUCAGCUAUAGAAACAAAACUAAAGAGGUCAUCGAAGGAAAGAUUCAGUACUUACAGAAACGUGCGUUGAUGGUAGCAGUAAAAGCAGUUGUAUCUACUGUUCCAGGAGCAGAGUAUUUGAUGAACGAGAAUGUUAUUAUUGAUGAAAUAACUUUUUACAAAGAGGAACUUGGUCUUGAUGAUGAGUCACUUAUCAAAACAUGUGAAAUUGUAGGUGUUGAUAUGAAAACAAUUAAGAAUAUGAUAUCGUUCACUGACUUUGAAAGCUGUACUGAUAAUAUAAUGAAAAUUGUUCUUGAGAUGGAUGACAAGCUUGAUUUUAAAAAAUUAUGUAAAGGAAUUUUACAGACAAUUUUUCAAUCUACAUUUACAGGGUGUCGAAAGUCCUUUGUAAAGGUAUUCAGAGCACUUUGUACAAUCUUAGAAACCUUACAUCUAGAAGCGUUAGAGAUCCUUGAACAAAUUUUAGAGAAGGAACGACAGUAA